AUGGCUUUGAAAAGUUCUUCAAAUCAUUCAGUGUGCUCAUUACAUGCAAUCAAAUUUGCAUGCAAUUUUGGAAUUUUUAGAAUUUGUCGUUCGUCUUCGCAUUCAUAUCCAUAUCCGCGGACCCAUACUCUGGUCGUUAUUCCUCCAUCCCGACAAGCAGUUGAAAAUGGUCAAGCAAGUCUUGCUAAAUCUCGACCACCACUGAAUCGCGCCAUACCGCCAAUUCCUGAAUCUAAAUCGAAUGAUUCAAUUAUGACUCAAAUCUCAGAAAAGCAUAGCGAGAUUCAUGCUGGAUCAAUUACACCUUCUACUUCCAAAGUUUCUCAGGAACUACUCUUAUCAAAAUCUGUAGCAGGAUCUAUCUCCUCGCCUACUACCAAGGAAGCACAAAUACACUCCCAAGAUAUGGAAAAAGAUCGGUCAUUAGUUAUUGAGAACAGUAUGGCACAAAAUCUUGCAUCAAAGACUGCUGUUAUUGUUUCUUCCCGAAGUGGGUGCUCGAAUGGUGUACCACGAAGUCCACUAAUGUCUGUUGCGCAUUCUGUGCGAUCAAAGCUUACAAAAUUAGGAAAUCGUCUCAGUCGUACAGACGGAAAUCAAAAUAUUCGUGCAAGCGCCAGCUUGUCCAGUAUUCGACGGGACCCUGCAGAGAUAGCUAGAAAUACAUCAAGCAACAUGCAAUUCAAGAAAUCAGUAAGUAUGGAAACACGAACACUGUUAAACUCUUCUUGCUCCGAACCAAACAAAGUUAUCUCAAGUAAAGAGAGUUCCAGAAAUAGUAUAUCGAAGGCUUCUAGAAUUCCUGGAAUUCGUUUCUCAUCAAAUAACAUUAAUCAGUCAACGGUAGAGGUGUAUGAAAAAGAUUCUUCAUCAAAUCGAGAAAAGUACUCAGAGGUUAACAGAUCUAAAAUUCUACCUACAACAGAGUCGAGAGAUGAGACAAAGGGCUCUGUCAUGAAAGGUUGCAAGGAACAUUUAAAGCCGCAAACUGCAAAAGAUCUGUCGUUACUUAAUAAUCUUCGUCAGCUGAACAAAUCUACGGGAGCUGUUCCUAUGAAGACAGGAAAUUGCAGUUCUGUAAAAGAAACAAUGAAGCCGUCGAUAAAUACUGCGAAGACAGAAUCAGUAAAAUGUGUUGAAGUAGAAAAUGCUGAAAAAUGUCAGAUAAGAAAAAACGAUCAAAAGAAAAGCAUCAAUAGCAAACAAAAAUCUUUUAUACCGCUAUAUACAACACCACCUCGAAGAUUACCAGUCAAAAAAUCAGACCAAGCGCCAUUAGCGGAAUGUGAAUCAUCUUGUGUUGAAAAUUCGCCAGCAGUGGAAGUGUCACUAACAAAAUUUGUUCCUAGUAAGAGCGAUGAGGCCUGGAAGGGUAAUGAAGAGAACCAAAUGAUAGCAGUCCUGUCACCUUCAUAUAACGAAAUUGAAAUCACUUCUGCAACAAAAUCAGUGAGAGAGUUUUUUCCGGAUUUUAACAAUCCAAAUAUUUUCCUAAUCAGCAAUAAAUUUCUAUCCUCAGAAACAUGUCGAGAAUGGGACGAAGCAUCAAGCAAGCAAUCUUUGCAUGAUGGAAAGAUAUGUGAUCGUAAACUAAUUGAUAUUAUACCGAGCGGUGAUUUGCAUAAUGUGCCUUCUGUGGAUGAUCUUGGAGACAGUGAUGGCAAAUCAGGAGACAGUACAAAUGAGUUUAUUUCACCGACUAUCAUGACUUCAUCUGGAUUUACGACGUCCUCCGGUUUUCAGGAUUCUCCAGAAAAAUCACCGGACAAAGAAAUACGGGAACAAUUUCUGGACAUGACCAACAGCCAAGUGUAUGAAUUUCUUAAAUGUUCAGUUUUUGAUAUAGCGAUGAUUAGUGAUGGGAGAGGUAUCAAAAGUAUUCUUUUCAAAGUGAAACUAAAAAAUUGGAUAGGAAAUUCAAUGUGGUUUAUAGUAACUAUAUUCAGGAUAGAGAAGCAUGCUUGUGAUUUUGAAAAACGAUAA